CUCAAAUCAUCGUGUAGCCGAUUUGGUUCCCCGUUGCUUGUUCGUCCCUCGAUGAAGGGAGCAGUUUUGUAGUUCUGUCGCCUCAAUCAGAAUGUAAACAAACAUUACUUUUAAUGGUUUUGAAAUGAAUAAAGUCAAUGAAAAACGCAACGCUUAAAAACUGAAUCAAUUUGGUGAAAAAACAACACCUUCGGACGACGUAGAGCAUAAUCAAUAAAAAUGCCCGGAUUCGUUGCUGUACACACAGGAGCCGGAAAUUGUAUAGACGAAACUCUGUACAAGGAUGUUUGCAAAGAAGCGUGCGUUCAAGGGAUUAACGCCCUUAGAGAUGGCGGAAGUGCAAUGGACGCGUGCGAGGUGGCGAUUGUAACGUUAGAAAACUCGUGGGCCACCAACGCUGGAUUCGGAUCGAAUUUAACCUGGGACAGGCAGGUCGAAUGUGACGCUUCAAUAAUGGACGGAUCAAAUCUGCAAUUUGGUGCUUGCACUAAUGUUCCCGACGUAAGGAAUCCGAUUAAAUUGGCAAGACAUCUAUGUGAUCGCCAGUCCAAACUGUUGAGCUUCGGUCGGAUUCCACCAAUGGUUUUGGCAGGCAAAGGAGCAUCCGAUUAUGCAGCUGAAGUCGGACUGCAAAUAGUGCCGACGGAACAAAUGGUUUCGGCCAAGGCUGCCAAAAGCUAUGAUCACUAUCGACGGAAUAUAUCCAAGUACGAGGAAAUAAACCAACUCAAACUAUCCCCGCUGGACACCGUUGGCGCGGUCUGCGUCGAAGCUGAUGGAACAAUCGUGGCCGGGUGCAGCUCAGGAGGACUAGUGUUGAAGGUUCGUGGCCGGGUUGGACAAGCGGCAACCUACGGCGCAGGAUGCUGGGCAUCGAUGGAUGACACAACUUCCAUGUCAGCUGCCACGUGUACGACCGGAAAUGGAGAGUAUUUAAUGAAAACGUUGUUUGCCAAAGAGCUGGCCGAUGGGCUGAUAAGCUGCAACUGCCCUAUAACUUCACAGCAUCAGACCUACAAAAAGAAGCUGCUCGAAUCUCCAUUCCUAGCUAAACACAACGAAAUUCACGCUGGAUCACUGUCGAUCAUUUAUAAUGCUGCCAGCCGAGAUGGAGAUUUGCUAUGGGCACACACAACUAGCUCAAUGUGUCUAGGAUUUAUGUCCUCAAAACAGAAGAAACCAAAGUUUGUUCUCUCCAAAUUACCGCCUAAUCUUUCGUGUGGAACCAAGACGGUUGUGAGCGGUCACCACUUUAAGCUGUACUAGUGAUAGUCAUGGUCUCAACCUCGCAAUCGAGACACCCUCCCCCGGAAAUGUAAUACUAUCUUGGUAAGGUUACUAGUAAUAAAUCGCUUAAUCAAAACUAAACAACAAAAA